UAUGUACUACUUACUACCUAAGUAAGUAAGUAGUUUGCGAUUGAUCUAUUCUACACUUUGUCUGAUCUAUGUAAGUAUAUACUUACAUCCUAACAUCGCAUAUACCAUCAGAUGGUAAAAAUUAAAGAAUGAUAAGAUAGGUGCAAAAUAUAAAAAGUAUGACAAAAAUUAGAAAAUUUAUUGGAGUAAUAACUUCAUACAAAGAAAAUACAGUAAAAUUUAAACAAAAGCAGUGUUUCUAGAAACUGCUAUGCACUUCUACAAUGUUAAUACACGUAAGGGUACGCGCAGUCGCAGAUGAAGAUAGAAGAUAUUAGUUGCUAAAAGAAGGAUGGGUCAUAGUGUUGCGUAGUAGGAAUGUAGUAGGAAGGAAGGUUGUUUCAUUGGUAGUAGGAUUUGUUUUUUAAUCUUAUGAAAGGAAACAGUACGAUGACGAGUGACACCGGUACACGUUAUUACGUGCGCUGUGCGGGAACAUUGCUGGGAAAUGUCAGGACUAAGUAUACGAUUGGUGACAAUGAAUUGUGAUCCUAGUAGUCGUCCUCGUUUGAGAACAGAAUUGCCAGGUGUUCGUUUCUUUCCUGGUCGUUUACAUUGGUACUCAACAUCAUUUUGUCAACACGGUCAACCGUGGAAUGGCAGCAGCCUUAAAAAAGAAUCAUUCACGUAGAAGGUUGGCCGCCCUAACGUUUCUUUCGAACAUCUCUCUCGAUGGCAGCCACCGCGAUACCAAGUUAGCCGUUCUUUCGCGGAAUGGUGUUGCUCAUACUCGUACCCUCAGCGACAGUCAAGCUCAUCAAGUUGAUGUCCGUCAAACUGACUUAAAUGUUUCAUCUGAAGAAGUCCUUGAUGACAGCACAGAAGAGCAGUUAAUACAUUCAUCAGUGAAGCAGACAAGUUCUCCACAGCUAGUGUCAAAGAGUGGUGAACAUAAUUCAUUUAGUUCAAAUUCUGAUGGGAUAUUAACUCCUGCGAAAGCAGCAGUAGCUGUUUUUCUUGAACAAGAAAGAAAUUAUCCACAGAUUUCUACUGGAUUCCAUAGCUCAUUCAGAGAACGUACUGGCACAACAGGCAGCGAAUAUUCGUUACCUGAGAGGAGAGUAGGUUCUUUGCAAUAUAAAAAGCGCAUAACUCAUCAAACAUCCACACUUUCUGAGGAUAUAAAACAUCAGUAUAAUAGUUCCAAUGAGAGUAUUGGUUCUUUACGUUCUAAAUCACAAUCUACAAAGUCAAAAACAAAAGCAUCAAGUAAUACACAAUCUGGUGGUACAAACAGCUGCAUUAUACCAGAAGUCACAAGGGAAUUGCGUUUAAUGCAACGCCCUGUGAAUGGUUACAAAUUCGGAGAUGAUAGACUAGUUUUGGUUUCUAAUAAACAUGUGCCAUUUUUAGUGUUUUCUGCUCUUCCAUACAAUAAAGGACAAAGAUCUAGUUGGUCUGAAUUACGUAAAGAUACGAGUAGAAGAAAAAACAUUUCGGCACAGCGGCCACUGUCCGCAAUUAAUGAUAACAUUGAUCCCUUUGGUUUAUUGGGUAUAGAACGAGCUAAAGACGGCCAGGAAAUAUCUUAUGGACAAUUGCUUGUUCCAUCUAGGCAAUUUCAAAAAGAUAAAAAAUCACAUUUUAGCGAAAACGAGGCAAUAGAACUUGUAUCUAACAAGCAUCCUAUAGUUUCAAGGACAAAAACUAUUACAUGGAAUGUGGAUCACUCAAAAUGGUGUUUGUCUUAUGAUACAGCCACUCAUCGGGCUCAGCAUUUAACACCUGAAUCUCCGCCGUUGUCCUUUAAUGCGGAUUCUAAAGUUUAUGACUGGGAUGAACAGUCACUGCAAUAUAAUCCCAAUUUGUUAGAUGAUCCAGAACUUAUCGCUGGGAAGCAUAGGACAUUACUUACAUUUACAUCAUACAUGGCAUCAGUUAUCGAUUAUGUCCGGCCAUCUGACUUGAAAAAGGAAUUGAAUGAUAAAUUUAAAGAGAAGUUUCCACACAUUCAACUCACUUUAAGCAAACUGAGAAGUUUAAAACGAGAAAUGAGAAAAAUUGCAAAAAUGGAAUAUGGUGUUGACCUUUUGACAGUAGCAAUGGCUUACGUAUAUUUUGAGAAACUUAUUCUCCGAAACGUUGUCACCAAACAGACUCGGAAAUUAUGUGCUGGUGCAUGCUUGCUACUUGCAGCAAAAUUGAAUGAUGUUAAGGGUGAUGUUUUGAAAUCACUGAUCGAGAGAAUUGAAAGUGUAUUUAGGCUAAAUCGCAAGGAUUUAAUCACAUCCGAGUUUGCUGUUUUGGUGGCGUUAGAGUUCGGUUUACAUCUUCCAACAUGGGAAAUAUUUCCGCAUUAUCAAAGAUUGAUAUAUGAAUCUUGACCUCCUUUUGCAAUGUUUUGUUUUAGAUAAAUAUAAAAUUUUCUUUGCAAGGUCGACACUUUCAAACUCUUAUGAAAGAGUAUAAUGCCUAAAGUGGUUUUUUUUAAUACGAGAAACGUAUAAAGAAAGAAAUGGAUUUGAAAAUGAGCAGAUACGAUGCAAUUACGAGAAAGAUCAUUAUUUUAUAAUAAGGUGAAAUAUAUCAAUAACAGUUACAAGCAUUUUUAUAAGUAAGGAGUGUACGAAAAAAAAGAUAUCAACAGUUUCUUUAUAUGCGACUUAAGCUCUUGUACUUACCACGAUAAAAUCGUUCAACAAUUUGUAAAUUUGUAACUGACUUUAUUUUCUAUAAUAUUUAUGAUAGUAUUUAAAGUAAUUAUACAAAUAGUAACAAUUGGUAAAUUACAUGUUAUAUUCGUAUAAAAAUAUUACAGACCAGGAUGGAUACCUUUAACAUGUUUUAGGAAAUUAAAUAUGUUUAAAUGUUUCAUUUAUAGUACUUAUUCAAUUAUUAAUUUCAUUUUUAUUUUUUAAAUGUGAUUAUAGAAUUGCAUAUAUAUGUAUAUACAUAGUACUUAUUAUAACCGAUAAUUCUCUUUUAACGAUACAGUGACAUAUACAAAAGUAUAGUGUUAAUUAUACUUAACAGCUUAGAUCAUUUGAAGCAGCUGUUAAGAAAAAGCAGAUAUAAACAUUGAAGGUAAUACUGAUUCUUUAAAUUGUACGUAAAAUAGUCGAAAAGAUCACAUAAAA